UUUUUCUCCAAAGAUCUUAUUUUAAUAAAGAGAUGGAUGAACUCAUUAUUUUCAUUCUUUUGUUACAAGGUGUUUGGUGUGGAGAUUGGAACAUCAGUCUACCAGAGAAGAUUGAAGCUCUGAGUGGAUCCUGUGUGACCAUAAACUGCACAUUUGAUAUUAAAAGCGAAUAUGACAAAUAUCUCACUGACAGUGCUGCAGGAGUUUGGCUUAAAGAUGGGACUAACUAUCAAAGAAAUGUAGUGUUUUACUCCAACAGAACCGAUCACUAUUUUGAAGGGAACAUAACUGGAAAAUUAAAAAGCAAGAACUGUACCACCAUCUUUUAUAAUGUUACUUCAAAUCACAGUGGUCAAUUUUUCUUCAGGAUUGAGGGUAAUGGUGAACCUAAAUGGACCUAUUCACAAAAAUCUGCUUUAAUAAAUGUGAUCGACUCUCCUCGCAAACCCACAGUGCAGAUGUUUAAGGAUCAGAUGGAGGUUGAGGUUCAUGAGGAGGUGUUAGAGAGGAGCUCUAUGUGUCUGCGCUGCUCUGCUAAGACUCUCUGCUCCUCUUCUCCACCAACUCUCACAUGGAGCUCCACUGACAGACUCCACCUCAAUGACAACAGCAGACUACAGCUGGAUCAACAGAAACAAACUGAGAUCAUCUCUGAUCUGAACUUCACUGCUACUCACCUUCAACAUGGAGUCACUUUCAUCUGCACUAUAACCUACCAGCUAAAGCAGAGAAACACAACAGCACCGAACAACAUCACAUUAUGUGUUCAGUAUGCACCCCAAAUCUCUCUCUUCAGUUGUAACAGAACUGAUGUAACUGUGUGUUUGUGUGAGGCUCAUGGAAAUCCCUCUCCUAAAGUGUACUGGUUUCUAUCUGGACGUCCUGUCAGUAAUUCUCCAAACACAUUCAUCAUCGAGGAGCGAUUGAGCAGCACAGACUUGAGGAGCUUCAUUUCUCUCCAUCAGUCACUUACACACACAGACACUCUGCAGUGUAUAUCCAUCAACACUCACGGCACUGCCGGUGAAAAAAUUCAACUGGUUUCCAGUCCUCAGGAGAUGACACUAUGUCAGCAGACUUUAAUUCCACUUCUGAUCAUCUUAACACUUAUUGUUAUCCUGUAUGCUGUGACUGUUGGAUUUGCAAUUUACAGAAUUCGACAAUUGAACAACAAGCUGAAGGUUCACAAUGAUGCAGGCACAUUUGCUUCUCGUCACCUCUCUGCUUCAGAGUCUGAUUAUGAGAUUAUGAAUAUUAAGAAAGAUGACACAAUAAUAAAUUUGUGA